AUGGAGGGCGAUGAGGUUAUCGGCGCACCAAAGCAUCCUGAUUGGCUGCAAAUGGUGCGCAUUAAGGAAGGGGAAGUUCCCCGCGUGAUCGCCUAUGUUUCGACUAGGCUAUCCCGCUAUCGUCCCGCUAUGCGUCGCGACAUCGUCGACCAUCGCGAUAUCCUCGUCCUCUCCCUCUUCAGCGGGGGUGAGGUUCUUAAUCUAAUGAACGUCUACUCCGACGACCAACAUACAGCCAUUGAGCACCUCGCUACUCGUGUGCAUUCUCUACCACCUUUCGUUUAUAUGGCUGGUGACUUUAACUGCAUGUCGACGACUUGGGAUGACUAUGAGCAUGGCGAGUCGUCGACAGCAAUAUCACUGCGGGAUACCGCAUCUCAGAUCGGCCUCGAGUGGGCACGACCUACUAACCAUGGACCGACAAGGAUCAGUCCUAACCCAAACCAGAGAUCCAAUGUCUUGGAUCUUGUAUUCUUAGCUCCAUCUGAGAUCCUCAUCUCGAUGCCCAGAUUGGAGCACGUUCUCCAGGGUCCAUCAGAUCAUGUCCCGAUCUGUACAGAUCUUGAUAUCGGUCCCAAACCGCCCGGAUCUGGGCGACGGGUAAUUAAACCCGGAAGUGAGGCUGAGAAGUCUUUCAUUUCGGAUAUUCUACGGGAUCUUGCGGCUAUUCCUGUCGCAGCCCCAGCAACCAAGGAAGGUGUUGAAGCUCUAGCUGAUGCUAUUGCGACAGCAUUCUCGGACGCGUGGUUUGCCCACUCGACCGAGUCCAAACCUACCAAGCGCUCCAAGUCCUGGUGGACGGACGAGUGCUCAGAGACAUUCAGAGUAUAUCAGUUGAGCCGCUCGCUCGCUGAUUACAACAGGUUUAAGAAGGCGUGUAAGGACGCCAAGCGUGAUUUUUUCGAUGAACGCAUCGCAGAAAUCGCUACCUCUCGCAAGCGCCCAUGGGACCUAAUGGAAUGGGUCAAACAGCGCAAGCUACCACCCUGUGAGGCUAUUCGCAAUGGCGACCAGCCCUGCCACGAUAUGGACGACCUUUGGGACACCCUACACGGCACGUACAACUCGGCCUCUGGUCGCGAGUACGACGCCUCAGUAUUAGACGAGCUUCCCGACGAGCCGGUCCGCGAGUGGGCUGACUUCUCAGAGCAUGAGUUGUUGAGUGCCCUUAAGGGGUGCUCCAACUCCUCUGCACCAGGACCGGACCACGUCACAUGGGUCCACCUAAAGGAGUUGCUCAAGGAUAAACACGUCCUUGCGCUCUUCAUCGUGUUGGCCAACGCUUGCCUUAGGGUGGGUCAUUGGCCGCGUAUAUUCAAGGAGUCGCUAUCGGUUAUCGUUCCAAAGCCGAACAAGCCCUCCUAUUCCGUGCCGAAGGCCUUCAGGCCAAUCGUACUCCUCAUCACUUUUGGCCGCUCCACAGUUUACUGUUGGAACACCUUCCAAUCCGACUCACGGUCUGCGGAUGUGGGUGUCGGGCAGGGCUCUGCUCUCUCGCCUGCCUACAAAAUUAUCUACCUUCUCUUUGUUGCUUUCACGCUCGUUCUUGAACACGACAAGACCGAGCUGUUUCACUUUUCGCGUCGACGAGACGCCUACAAUCCCUCGCUGGAUUUGGGGUACGCCCCUCAUACCGGCGCCACACCUUUGAAACCUAAGACCUAUUGGAGGUACUUGGGCUUCUACUUUGACCGCGGGCUCACCUUCCAUGAGCACGUUCGCUACUACGCCACCAAGGCGUUUACCACCGUGCAAGCCAUGCGCAUGCUCGGGAACUCUACUAGAGGUCUCUCGCCUAAACAGCGCCGCCUCUUAUAUCGAUCGUGUGUGGUCCCUAUUGCCACAUACAGUUAUCGUCUCUGGUAUUUCGAUGGCGCCCGUAACAAGGGUGCGAUGAACCAGCUGAAACAGAUGCAGCGAAAAGCUGCUCUAUGGAUCACGGGUGCUUUCCGCACCUCACCCACAGGCGGUCUUGAGGCCUUAGCAGGUCUCAUCCCCGUCCACCUUAUGCUGAAGAAGCUGGCGACGCGCGCAGUGUAUCGCGUAGCCACCCUCUCCGACACCCACCCCCUUCGCUCUAUGAUGGGCGAGGGACUCCUCAAGCGAGCUGCACCACAUGCUCGCUCUGCCGCCUUGAUGACCCCAGCUAUGCGCGGGAAAGUCAAGAGCACUGUCAUGGAGGUGGACAAGCGUGUCCACACCUUAACUGAGAGCUUCGAGCCCUUUGCGCCUGAAGCUCGCCCAGGCGAUCGGUUACUGGACCGCUAUGCGGACCACGAGCUCAUCGCGAAAGCGAGGGCCGACCCACUAACAGUACUGGCUGCAACUGAUGGCUCUGUCCCUCAGUCCAACCAGUAUCAAGCGGCUUCGGCUGCUAUAAUCUACAAGGGACAUCGCGAGCUCGAAAGGACGCGCUAUGUCUCUGGCAGAGUUACCGCCCCUGAUGCGGAGCUCAAUGCCAUUUCGUGCGCAGUGCGCCUUGCUGUCAAGCAGGCAAACUGCCAACAUAUUAUGGUCUUUACUGACUCUAUGGGCUCAGCCCAUAGAGCGGUCGACCCCGGCGUGCAUUCUGGUCAGGCUUUCAGCCUGUCAGUUUGUCGCAUUCUUAAAGAGUGGUUUGAGGCGGACGAUCUCCGUUGCGUAACCUUCGUUUACGUCCCUUCUGCUCUGCGGUGGGACAUCCAUGGUGAGGCACACAAGUACGUCACAGAGCUUAAAGUCAGGGUUGGACGUCGUAAGACGGACAACUCCAUAGACGCGCUACGCUCUCGAGCCGCGCACUCAGUCUUGGAUUCGUGGAGUUCCACUUUCCAAGAUCCAACCUACCGGGGCUCUGAGUUUUUAGAGCUUCAACAGCCUGACGGGCGGCCGCUACAGCCAUCGUACCUCAAUGGGGGACCUUGGCUUUCAACUUUCGGACACAGUAUCACUGAGUUUGCCCGCCUUUGCCAGUGUAUAACUGGCCACGCGCCCAUUGGAGCAUACUAUCCACGCUUCAAAAUCAAUCAGCCUCAUGGCUGCACUUGCGGGGCUGCUUUGCAGUCCCAUCAGCACAUCCUCUUUCGCUGUCACGAUAGAUAUUCUGUACACUAUCCCUGUUUUCUCGGGGAUAUUGCAUCGUUUAUGAAGUACAACCUACAGCGGGCUUCAUCAGCCCUCGGGUGUCAAGCGGGGUUAUUCCUCCUUUUGGAGGAUUUAUCGGUGAAUUGA